AUGAAUGCUGCAGCUCAGGGUGACAAGGCCUCGGCCGAAUCCAACUACCCCAUCGCUAUCGAACACUACACCCAUGCCUUGAGCGAGCUACCCCGCGCUCCGGCAUACUACAUCUCACGAUCGACUGCCUAUUCGCGCCUCAAGCCCGCAAAUGGCGGACCCAACUAUCAGGCCGCACUCGAAGAUGCCGAAAUCGCGCUCCAGCUCGCCAAAGAGCGGGGAAACCGCGAGUUUAUCCUCUCCGCUCAGAUGCGCCGUGCCGUGUCGCUGUACCAGCUUGAGCGGUAUGGAGACGCAGGAUUUGUGUUUGAAAUUAUUGCUGAUAAAACCAAGAGCGAGCAACCGCUAGCGAAUAGAUCCGAACAGGUGCAAGCUGCCAUGGGAGGACCAGGAUCUGCGUCGAAGGGCGCCAGAAACAACUACAGCGCCCAAUUGCCGAUUUGGACCGCCAAAAUUCAACGGAAGCUAGCAGAGUUACCCAAGGACGACCCGAAGUGCACUGUAUCUGUUACCGAGUUCCCGUCUUCCGUAUACGUUCCGACUGGAGACGAGAUGAAGGCUCAGUGGAAGGCCCUCAAGGCUGGCAACGUGGGAGUAGCCGGAGCCUCGCAGACUAAGACACAGCCGGCAGAGCCCCAGCAGCCAUCCGCAGAAGAGUCUGGUUCAACUGCUCGACUUCCAGACUCGAGCUCCGCUGCAGCUGUUUCUGUUGCCCCGGAGAAGGUUCGCCAUGAGUGGUACCAGUCACAGGACUCCGUGGUUGUGACUCUUUAUGCCAAGGGGAUCCCAAAGGACAGUGUCGCAGUCGACCUGAAAGAGGAUUUGAUCUCGCUACAAUUCCCCCUCCCAUCUGGCUCUGAAUACGACUUUACCCUCGACCCGCUCUAUGCAGCUAUCAAUCCUGCCGAGUCCAAGGUCUCAGUUAAAGGCACCAAGAUCGAACUCACUCUGCGAAAGCAGAAAGCCGGCCAAAAAUGGGGUGCCCUCGAGGGCUCAGCCACCAACCCCGCCGAGAUCACCGACCGUCCAGCGGCGCAAACCUCGCCGGCUCCCACGGGUCCUUCGUAUCCUACCUCCUCACGCAGCGGCCCCAAGGAUUGGGACAAAGUCGCGUCGUCACUUACUGCGAAACCAAAGGCUGAUGGAAACGCAGACGUAUCGGAUGACGAAGGUGGUGAUGCUGUGGACGGGUUCUUCAAGAAGCUGUAUGCCGGCGCUGACCCAGAGACGCGCCGCGCUAUGAUUAAAAGCUACACCGAAAGCCAGGGAACAUCGCUGAGCACGAACUGGUCUGAGGUCGCGAAGGGGAAGGUGGAAGCCCACCCUGAAUGA